AUGGCUUCGAAAUACGCCGAUAUCGAUGAAGAACAAAUACACACACAACGAUUUUCUGAUAUUGCCGGAGAACCUUGCCGAAUGUUGAUGCCCAUUCAAGGCUACGAAAAAAAGCCUCUGGUUACACUUGAAGAGGCUGUUGAACCUGUAGUAUCGUAUGUACCUGAUGUAAAACGAAUGGCUUACAUUGCGAAAAUGAAAUGUGCAGAACUUUCACCAGGAAAACUACCGAUAAAUCAAGCAGCCUCGAUUACGCUCUAUUCAAUGGAAUGGGAACCACAAGAAGAGUGUCUGUAUUAUGUCUUAAACCAGACACUACGUAACGAAAAUCGGCAAAAGGUGAAGCCGUGGUUUCUUUUUCUACGAUUGAUUUUGACGGCAUUGGCUCAGCUCCCAUCAACGGUGUCUAAUGUUUAUCGUGGAAUUAAACGAGAUAUGAGGAAGGAAUAUCCGCAGGGAAAAACAUUCGUUUGGUGGGGAUUCAGUUCUUGUACAUCUAAAAUAAGCGUACUUCAGAAUAAACAAUUUUUGGGUACAACAGGUCCAAGGACUUUCUUUACAAUCGAAUGUGAUAGUGGCAAAGAUAUCCAAAAAUAUUCCAGUUUUAAAACUGAACACGAAAUUCUUCUUCCGGCUGCAAGACAGUUUAAAGUUGAAGCAUGCCUCAGUCAAGGUAAAGAUCUUUAUUUGAUACAACUCAAAGAAAUUCAACCGCCAUUUCCCCUGAUUGAACUUGUACCAAUAACACCUCCCAAGAAAAUUUUACCAGCACCAAUUGUCCCAUCACCACCGAAACCCAUUGCCACGAAAAUCACAACAGCAGGUAAGAGUGUUAAAAAUCGAUUUUUUUUAUCGUCAAUCGAUAGAGUAACCCCUGUUGAUAAAUUAAAGUAG